UAUUAUAUUUGUGUCGCACCAGAGUUGUCGUGGUAUCUCUUCCAUUUACUCCGACCAUCCAAUUUGCUACUUGUCAAAAGAAGAAACGCGAAAACAGAUACAUGCAAAUUGUCAACGAAGCUAAAAACGUGACCAACAACGCUAAAAGUAAAUAAAAAUACUUCAUAUAAAUUGGAGAAGGAGAGUAGCCGCAAGGCUAAGCGAGUUACAGAGAAAAAGAGCGUGUGUUCGGAAACGAUGUGGCGGUGCGUGGCUCGUGCGAUUCGCGUACCAGCUUCGGAGAGAUCCAAUCCACUUAGAUCUCACGUUUCAAGAUUUUUCUCUAGUGGUGGGAACUCGUCGUACAACGUUGUCGAUCACAAGUACGAUGCGGUUGUCGUGGGUGCUGGUGGUGCAGGGUUGAGAGCCGCCAUUGGACUUUCGGAACAUGGCUUCAACACUGCUUGCAUUACCAAGCUAUUCCCAACUCGUUCGCACACUGUUGCAGCUCAGGGAGGUAUAAAUGCUGCAUUGGGAAAUAUGAGUGAAGAUGAUUGGAGGUGGCACAUGUAUGACACUGUUAAGGGAAGUGAUUGGCUUGGGGACCAAGAUGCCAUCCAAUAUAUGUGUAGGGAGGCACCAAAAGCAGUCAUUGAGCUUGAGAACUAUGGAUUGCCAUUUUCACGAACUGAAGAUGGGAAAAUAUACCAGCGUGCAUUUGGUGGUCAGAGCUUGAACUUUGGGAAAGGUGGCCAGGCAUAUCGUUGCGCAUGUGCUGCUGAUCGAACUGGGCAUGCUUUAUUGCACACUCUCUAUGGCCAAGCUAUGAGGCAUAAUACCCAGUUUUUUGUGGAAUAUUUUGCAUUAGAUCUAUUAAUGAACAAUGAUGGUAGUUGCCAAGGAGUGAUUGCCUUGAAUAUGGAGGAUGGAACAUUACACCGUUUCCAAGCUGCUUCGACAAUUUUGGCCACAGGGGGCUAUGGUAGAGCAUACUUUUCUGCAACCUCAGCACAUACAUGCACUGGAGAUGGCAAUGCCAUGGUUGCACGUGCUGGGAUCCCACUCGAGGAUUUAGAGUUUGUGCAAUUUCACCCGACCGGCAUAUAUGGAGCUGGCUGCCUUAUCACAGAAGGUUCUCGGGGUGAAGGAGGAAUUCUUAGGAACAGUGAGGGUGAGAGGUUUAUGGAACGCUAUGCUCCUACAGCGAAGGAUCUUGCAUCAAGGGAUGUAGUUUCUAGAUCAAUGACUAUGGAAAUCCGGGAAGGCCGUGGAGUAGGACCCCUGAAAGAUCACAUAUAUCUCCACUUGAAUCACUUACCCCCAGAUGUUCUCAAGGAGAGACUACCUGGUAUCUCUGAAACAGCUGCUAUUUUUGCUGGUGUGGAUGUUACUAAGGAACCUAUUCCUGUUUUGCCAACAGUGCAUUACAACAUGGGUGGUAUUCCCACGAAUCAUCAUGGAGAGGUGGUUACUAUUAAAGGUGACGAUCCAGAUGCAGUAGUUUCUGGAUUAAUGGCUGCUGGGGAAACAGCCUGUGCUUCAGUCCAUGGUGCAAAUAGGCUUGGUGCAAAUUCACUUCUUGAUAUUGUUGUUUUCGGUAGAGCUUGUGCAAAUAGAGUUGCAGAAAUCCGUAGCCCAGGAGAGAAACAAAAGCCUUUAGAGAAAGAUGCUGGUAUGAAAACAAUUACUUGGCUGGACAAAUUGAGAAAUUCAAAUGGGUCAUUGCCAACUUCAAAAAUUCGGUUGAAUAUGCAACGAAUAAUGCAGAACAAUGCUGCUGUAUUCCGUACCCAAGAAACAUUAGAAGAAGGUUGUCAAUUAAUUGACAAAGCAUGGGAGAGCUUUCAUGAUGUCAUGUUGAAGGAUCGAAGUUUGAUAUGGAACUCUGACUUGAUUGAGACCAUUGAGUUGGAAAAUCUUUUGAUAAAUGCCUGCAUCACCAUGCACUCUGCUGAAGCAAGAAAAGAGAGUAGAGGUGCUCAUGCUCGUGAGGACUUCACGAAAAGAGAUGAUGAGAACUGGAUGAAACAUACUUUAGGAUAUUGGGAGAAUGAGAAGGUCCGGUUAGGUUACAGACCGGUGCACAUGAAUACAUUGGAUGAUGAGGUUGAAUCAUUCCCUCCUAAAGCUCGUGUUUAUUAAUAUACUCGCUAAAUUAUAUUAUGGGUGAUUUAUGCGGAUUGUUUCACGAAGUAUGUAGAAUGGAAUGUAAUGACAAGUGCAAGUGAAAAUGGUUCAAUAAAGUGUCGUUGAUGCAUGGCUUUGAUGAUAAUUGUUUAUUCAUCUUCAGUGCUGAACUAAUCUAUUCCGGGGCAUCCUCACUGACAUAGAUGUAUGUAUUUAAAGUUGAGAAUAAUAGCCAUAAAUCCCAAAGUGUUACUUUGUUGAUCAGUUGACUAAUGUAAUCUGCUAAGUUGAUUAUCUGCAAGCGGGUAGUUUUAAUC